AUGCCUGAAGCUUUGGCUCGUUACGUCGUCGGGAGAAAUCAACCUGGUUUGUCUGCAGCACAACUCGAACGCGAGGCCGCUCACAUCAUUAUUCCCUUUGAUACUGUGGCUACGUUCCACAGGAUCAAAUUCAACUCAAUCAAUGCUCGGGGGAUCCAGGACUCGAGUGUCACCGUGGAUUCUGUCCAUUGUCAACCAUCACAAGAGGACAAGCGAGGGCAUAUGAUCCCCGCGCGUUUUGACACAGUUUUGGUCAACGAAGGGGACGGCGGGACAACAGGCGUGGAUGGUUACCGUGUUGCGCAAGUCCGUGUCGUCUUUACGCUAACAAAUCAAGCUUCGAAUGUGUUAUUCCGCGCUGGACCUGCACAACCACCCACCCACCUUGCCUAUGUGGAAUGGUUCACUCCAUUCCAGCAACCGGAAUCACACCAUGGGUUGUACAAAGUUGCCCGCUUGAUUCGUCAUGGAGAACGUCUGGCAAGCAUCAUUGAGAUAUCAGAUAUCUGUAGGAGCAUUCAUCUUAUACCUAAUUUCGGCGUAGCGGCACCUCGUGAGUGGACGAGUAGCACUGUUCUGGAGUGCUGUUCCACCUUCUUUGUAAACCCCUUCAGUGACCGACAUGCUUAUUUAACACUUGUCUGAGCAUUACAA